AACUACGGCGGCCAAUUAUUUGGGUCCCAAUUGAGAUUCUGAUCGAUAAUAUGAUCAAAGAUAAUAUUCAUAUUAUAUCAAAAGCUUACUUAGCUGAGGCAAACAAAAUGAACAAAGAUUUAGGACUCUCCGACAAACAAAUGGACGAGUUUCUGUUAACACAACACGCAUUGGGCAAAAUCAUGUACUUUGAUCAAGCAGAACUUAACAAUUUCAUCAUUCUGUAUCCUCCUGCAUUGGUCAAUAUCCUGAGGUCAUUCAUAACAGAUGAAAUGUUUUGGCCCACUGAUGAUACCCUUAGAAAUAUUCUUAGAAAAAGGACAUAUACUGGUAAAUUACCCAAAGCAGAUCUCAUUAAACUAUGGCAACAGAAACAAAUCGUUAAUCAUAUACCAGACGAUGACUACAUAGAGAUCAUUAUCCAGGUUCUUGUGCAUCUCGAUGUUUUGGUCCUGCCAAAAAGAUACUCUGGACAGGAUGACACACAUGUAGAUUAUUUUUUAGUUCCAUGCACAGUUAAACAGAAGAUGCCGAUGUCCUUUCUGGAUGACACAUCAUUUGCAAACAGAACUAUUGCGUUGGUUUAUCAAAUACGACAGCCAUCCAUACCGUCGGCAUUGUCUUUCAAACUGAUAGGUGCUGUUAGUGCUAUUUGGCCAAUCAAAGAGGUCAACGAACGUCCAUUAUUAUACCAUUCAUCAGCUGUACUAUGUGUUGACAGCCAAACUGAGUUUCGAAUAAUAGUAGAAGACAACAGAAUUGUCGUCUAUCUUACAAACAUGUCAUCUAGGUCUUGCAUCUCCCCAGAUAUCGCAGCUAGUAUUCAAGAGUGUUUAACCAUUACUUUACCAGCUGUUUUGAAGUUUUAUCUAAUCAGCAUUGGAAAGAACCACCAACAAGUAAAUGUGUCGAAUCUCUUUCACAUUGAAGUCGGAUAAGUUUGUUGCAGAUCUCCAUGUGUGAUAUCAAUUUCAAAGGCAAAACAAACUCCUGAGUGGGUGUGUAAUAGUGGAAAUACACAUUUCUCUAGAGAUCUUUUACUGUGGAUUUUUAACAAGACGCAUCAAGAGUGUUCAUCUAAUUGCCCAGGUCUGGACGAAUCUGUCCUGACAAUGUCACCAAGUGAGCAACAUCUAUCAAGACUUGCCUAUCAACUGAAUAUUCAAAGUUGUAGGGAGUUGAUAAUUAACCUCGGGAUACAACUGAAUGACUGGGAAGAUAUUGAGUACAGCUAUAUACGCAUGCCGCUUAUUAUCAAAAUCAUGGCAUUGAAUUUCUGGAAAACGAAAAACAUAGUGGGAAGACCAAACAAAUCAUUCAACAACUUGCUGGAUGCACUGAAGGCAGUUGGCGACACAAGGCAUUUACUUUGCAAGGUGUUUAGGGAAUACACACAUUUAUUAGAUAUUGCAGAUGUCCGACUUCAAGAAGUUCCAGAUGAUGAUGUUUUGCAAGGUCUUCAUAAGAACCUUGGUAAUUGCGCUAUACCACUCGGAAUAGAGCUAGGAAUAAGUGUUAGUUCAAUAGAGGAAACAAUGACUCGGCAUCCACGGGAUAUGUACAGUCAAAUAUCCGACAUCCUGAGAAAAUGGAAAACUUCAACAUGUUCAAGAGAAGUGAAACCGACAAUUUACAAAUUAAUGUUAGCACUGGAACGCGUACAUACUGGAGGGUUGGAUUAUUUAAAGGACAUCUAUCUUGUGCAGUAAUCCAUGUUAAAAUAUUCCACAAAUUAUGAAUGAUAUUCAUGAAAUGUCUUUCUUAACUUCAAAAAACACUGUAUAUUAGUGUCAAUUGAAGCAGAAGUUAAAACUAACAAAUAAUUCUCGAGAAAAUUAAAAUGUAGUAGAAAAAAAAUAAUCUAUGAACAAAAUGGUAUGUACGAAAUGUUAAUAUAAAGUACAUCUUAAUUAGAAACAGAAAAGCGAUUUAACAUUUGACCUUUGACUUAUCUACCAAACAUUCAAAUAUUUUACCACUUGUAAUAGAAAUGAAUAUCAAGAUAACUUAUUACAUAAUUAUAACACAAAUUGAAAAAUUAACAAUAAUUAAAAUAUAUAAUGCUUUUGAAUAUAUUUGUUGGGUUGCACGGGAAACAAGUCAUUUAUAGUAUGCAUUAACACAGAUUGACAAAAGGUAGUAAUACCUGUGUUUUGUUUACAAAUGUUUAA